AUGGUGAACUUCACCGCCUGCAAGAUCGCCUUCGAAACAAACGCUACAAACCUAGAACUCUACAGCUACACCGGCCUCACCCCCAACCUCCCCCUCGGCCCCGGCAGGCCAUACCUCAUCAGCGAGCAAGGAUGCCGCACCCUCUGCGGAACAGGCGCGGACAAAUACCCAUGGGCGACGGCGGCUAACACCAUCACGACGUGGGUCCUCCCGAUCAUUGGCCUCCUGCUACAGGCGCCCUUCGAGAGCAACCAGAUUGCAAAGACGUUCCUGGCAACGUGCCGGUGGAUCGGGGCGCCCAUAGCCUCGCUGUCGUACAUUUUCUGGAACAUCAAGAUCACGGGCAAGUGUGCCAUUACGGUCGAUAUGGCCGUCGACUACAAUGCCUUCCCGGGGCCGGGAUCGGAGUUUAGUCAGUUGCGCGACUCGUUCUAUAUCCUCAGCGUGAUGAACCAGUAUGCGCUGAGCACUGAGCUGGAACAUGCGGGCUCGAGCUCGACGGAGCGGUUUCUGCGCGUGGCGCUGUUUGAUAAUGAUUUGGUGCUGGCGAAUCCGAGUAAGGGGAUGGUGCAUCGCAGGGAGAAGCUGGCGGCGUCGCUGAGGAGUGGGAGGAAAAGGGGGGUGGUGCCGAUUUUUAUUUCGACGUUGUGGUUUUUGUUGUCGUUGGCGAUUUCGAUACAUGCAGCCUUCGGCAACCUCGGAGUCAAUGCCACCGCCCAUAAUCUAGCUAUCGGGCUACUACUCGGAUGGCUACCAGUUCUGACCCUCAGCAGCAUCACCGACCGCAGCCCGGGCUCCGCCGACGAUGUCCGCCGCAAACUCAACCGCUUCCUCUCCCACGUCCGCCAAGGCCUCCAAGCCAACACCACUAACCCCCGCUACAAAAGCAUCCAGCUUCCCGCCUACUCCCACUCAGACAACUACCACUACUUCACCUCCUUCUGCGGCCAGGCACGCUCACGCUGGCACUACGGCAUCGCCCACGCCAUCCUCACGGGCACCGAAGACGCCUUCGCCGCCGCUCACGGCCGCAACUGGACCGCCCACCACAACGCACGCACGCUCCUCAUCCGCGCGCCCCCCGCAACCCGCCACAGCAACAUCUGGUUCGACUUCCGCGAGCUCUGGCAAAUCAUGGGCGCCACUGCGCUCGUCGGCUGCUCCAUCUUCGGCUCCUUCAUCAUCUCAUACUUCACACCCACCGUCGGCCUCGGCUGCCGCAGCGGCGGCUACCUCAUAUUCUUUGUCAUCACGCUCGCCCACUUCCUCGCCGAGUCGGCCGUCUGGUGGAUCUUUCCGCGGCCGUCAAAACUCCGUGAGCGCAUCGGGUGGGCGUUUACGGUGAUGGAGAUGGGCGGCGGUGGGUAUAUCAAUUUCGGCACCUCAGCGUACUAUAAGGCGCACAUCAUUGCUGUGUAUUGGACCACGGGGACGAUAUUGUCGUCGCUGGCGAUGGGUGCGGGGUUCUUGUAUGUGGUGGCUGAGUGGUGCACGCAGAGCCAUAUGUGGACGGAGGACUAUGGGGAUGCGAUGGCGGGCCUGAAGGCGACGAGGAGGUUUAAGAAGUAUACAAUCUGGUUUAGGUGUGUGCCGGAUUGGGUUAUUACCAAGUUUAAGACCCAUAGACCGCGGUGUUUGGGGGAGAAGAAGGGGAGAAGGAGCUUGGUGUGGCGGUGGAAGACGUCGCAGACGUAG